GCUCUUUGAGGGAAACGCACCUUCUCGGAGAACAUGCCUGCUCCAGACACACCAGCUCAUCAGAGACCACUACAUCGGGCAGGAGUCCACCUGGCCAGCAGUGGUCACCCACACAGGGCCACUUCACAAAGGCCAGAGGUGGGAGGACACGGCAAGUUCCCCAGCACUGGCUCACACCAUCCUAGGCACCCUGAAGUUGGUACUAUGGCCUGUGACACUGCCCCUCGCUGGUGGUGUGGUCCUCCCUCCCACGGGCGUCCUGAGCCAGGAAGCAGGCAUUCCAGGAGAAGGCGGGUCUGCCAUCUUGCAUCCCCGGCUGCUGCAGUCUGAGGACCCGGAAGGAGCCAGCAUCCUUGCCACCAUCCAGGUCGGGGGGGCGUCGUGUGGGAAGUGGGCUCUGCUGGGUCAGGCAGAGGGGCCAUGGCUGUCUUCCAGACAGGCCCUCUCCCUUGGUCAGCAGCUCUCCCCAGAGCUGGUCCUCCUGACAGGCCCUGGGGCAGGUGGGAGAUUUCUCUGACGUGGGUGAGGGUCGGCUUUCUGGAAUGGCCAGGGCCCUCCAUCUUCCUACUCUCUAAAUUGGGAUGCUACAGCCCCUAGGGGGUGGCAUGUGCCCUUGUGGGCCCAGUGGGUCCGCCCACCAUCGUGAUGCACUCAGCUUGCUCCGCUCCGCUCCUUCACGUUUCCCACUGUGGUGCUUGGGGACCUUCAGGAAAGUGCAAAUACCACAUGGUUGUCCAGGGCUCCCUUGUACCCAGAGCCCCCGUUCUCCAGGACCUGAGAGCUGGCAGGCUGUGUUGGAGGCUGUGGGCAGGAGGCCCAGGGGCUUCUCGCGACUCUGCUGGAUUGUCCAGCAGACAAUCCAGCAGGAUUGUCUGGGGUGGGGGCUGCAGUCCCCAGCACAGCCCCUGCUGCGUGCAGCAGCCUGCGCCAGAGGCUGGCUCUGCUGUGCCGCCUGAGGGUCCCAGGCGAGCCGAGUUAGGAGAAGCGCCCCCUCUUGGCCUCAAGAACUGUGGUUUCCAUGUGAAAAUGCAGGUGUGGCGGAGGGAAGGACAGGAUGGGCUGGCAGGGCUGGCUGUGGGCCACGGGCACCCCCGCUCGCAGGCUCUCCCCACCCUGCCACAGCCAUCACCCGCCCCCUUCUCCCUCGUUCACCUACCGCCUCUGGGAUGAACCCCAGCCACAGAGCUCGUGGGACCCCGCCACGGCUCCGCCCAUGGGCCAGGACCCCAGAGCUCUGCCCAGCCUGACUCAGCCUCUCUGGUAGCGAAGGCACUGCAAACCCCACGGGUACAGGCCUCUGUCCCCCAUCCAUUUCCUCAGGCACAGCAGCACGAGGGCCAGACGGCAGCCUGAGAUGGUGUUCAGCUCUUAAAUAACCACGCAGACCUGACCACCACUGAAGAUGGCGCCAAAACCGUGUCCCCUGCCCAGGCCAACGUGGUGGGCACAGUGCACCUUGAGCCCUCAAGACUUUCCACCUGGCUGGCCACGGGGGCCCUGCCUGGCAGUGGGGAGCGUGGUCUUGGCCCUGGAGCCCUGCGGUCACCAUGUGGCCUUGUGCCCAACACCAAACAGUAGCAACUCAGAGAUAGCCACGCAGGAGAGGGACACCCCAUGCAAGCGGAGGCGUCGUCCCCGGCCUCCACCUGUGCUUUCAUUCACCAGGUACCCACCUGCCCCUACGAGCGGGGCCCUGUCCUGGGAGGCCACACCUCAGGGAGGUGACUGUCCGCUCGGGGAUGGGUGCUGUGGCUCGUGGGCAGGGUGACUCUGCAGGUGUGGCCAGAGCAGUGCGCCAGCAGCAGGUUCCUGAGGCGCCGGGUUCCCAGAGGCCAUCAGCGCAGCCCACCCAGAGGGAGCCUGAACCCGCCAUGGAGCCCGAUCCCUGUGUGCCCUGGUGUGCAGGAGGGUGGCUCCCAGCCCCUCCCGGCACCCUGCUACCUGGGAGGAGCACCCCCUCCACCUCCUGCCCCAGCAGGACAGAGGGAGGGCUGCAGAAGUGGAGGGCUGGCCCCAGGCAUGGUCCCGAGCCUCCACAACACUCCAGGACUGAGCCAGGACCAGGUCGGUGGGCUCGCCCGCCUGCUGGGGCUCCCACUUCCCACCUGCCUCCUGGCUCCCUCCCUGUGGCUCCCUCUGGGCCCCUCUCCUGCGCACACCCCGUGUCCUCUAUCCUGCCAGCCUCUUCCUCCUGGGCCUCCCAGCGUUUGCAUCUCACACACCCAUCCCGGAUCCCUGACCUUGCACCUCCAGCCACCUGCCCCCAUCUCUGGGGCCUCCUCCGGGCUGGGCUGGGCUGGGGGCCAAGGCCUUGCAUCUGGACCCUGCCUCGCUGGCGGCCCCCACCUCUACCUGAGGUCCCAGCAGUCUCUGGACAGCAUUUGGGCAGUGCUGCCCUGGGGGCUGCCUCGCUCCCCUGCUUAGGAGGUCACCUCUACCACUUGACCGUCUCCUGUGAGAGCCACAGCUGCUGCUGGUGGCCCCUCCCUGCUGCCGACCCGCACCCUCCUUGGACCCUGAGCAGCCUCUGUCCACGUGGAGAGUCCAGGGCCUGGGCACUUGCAGUGCAGCGAGCUCAUCCCAGGGACUGUUGCAGAGACCUUGGUGGGUGGUCAGCAGGGGCCCAGCCAGGGGACAGGCCACAUGAGUGGGGGAGGGAGUGCGAGGGAGCCCCAUCUGCUCUGGGCAGAGUGGCCCAGGAGACAGUCUGUGCACGCUGGCCCCGGCAGGCGCUGCCCUGGAGGUGGCUGUGGGUUUGACACUGGAUGCCACUCUGUUUGCCACCUGGAUGGACAGGCUGGGGUGGCAGGGUUUCAAGGAAGGACCACAGGAAGAAGAUGGCAGUGCCACGGCUACUCAGCCUCCCAUGGGGCAUGCGCGGGACUCUAGGCCACCUCGUCUGCCAUUGCUCCAGAUGACCCGUUACACACCUGGGCAUUCGAGGCCACCUUGGGUGCACAAAGCCAGCAGGCCCUCCAGGAGUGGGGCUGUCCCUUGCCUUGUCCCUGGAGGGCCCAGGAAACUGGACCGCUGUGUGUUUGCUGCAGCAGCGAUUCCACCCAGGAAGCUCCAGGGCUUGUCUGCUGACGCCUGGACUCAGGCCUGGACUGACGCCCCCAGACAGACUGACUCCACGGGGGCUGGGAGAGGUGCCAGGCAGGGGCCCAGGGCCAAGGCAGAUUUCUGAGGAGUGGGCAAGAGCGCAGCGUGGCAGGCCUUAGCCUCGCAGCACAGUGCCCUACCCCUGAGCCCCAGCCCCAGCCCCCGGGUUUCUUUUAAGGGAGGAGCGAGGCUGCCCUCUCCGAUCAGCUCAGCUGCCCUGGCCAGGGUCGGGAGAGGGGAGGAAGGGACGGAGCCCGGAGGAAGGUGUCCCCACUGAGGUUCCUGCCUCCCUCAGCUGGCUUGGAUGCCCGGUUGGAGCCUGAGGCCCAUGGCUGCUGCAGGGCCAACUCUGUGCCCAGUCUCUCCCUGUCCCCGCGCCUCCUGGCAGGUUCUUGCAGUCACAUGUGCCUGAGCGUCAGGCUGGCAGGGCCAUAAUGUCCUCUGAGAAGGAAGGGGCCUAUCCGGGUCCUUGGUUGCCAACAUCAGAAUCCUCUCUGGCACAUUCAGCUGGAAAAGGAGUUUGAAGGGAUGGCAAGGAGUGUGCAGCCUUAUUAAGAACCAGAGAAACAGAUGGAAGAUUCCAAGAGCCAGCCAUGCCCGAGAGUUUGCCGAGAACUGCCCCCUGCACCCCUGGCUGCUGGGCCACCCUGUGCCCUCGUACCAGGAAGGCUCUCCUUGUGAGAAUGGCCCCUCUCCUCCCUGGAGACGGCCACUUGCUCCACUCACCCUCCAACACACAUGCCUGCUGAGCCAAGCUGCCUCCUGUGUGAGGUCAGUGACCUGGGCAUUCUCAGACACUGACAGGCCAUUCAGAAGACACGGGAAUAUGAAAAGGAGCAAAUUAUGGAGGCACACAUCAGCCGAGGGGUCUCCAGAAACCCCAGGAAAGGCGGAAGCCCACAUGGGUAGGGUUCCUUUUGUGCAGCAUCCCUGAUGGAGCCAUGAAUCAGAGGCCAGCACCGCAGCCACCAGGGGCUGAGUGGGAGGCAGGAGGUGUGGCUGAAAGGGUGGGGGACCCGGGAGGCCUGGGUGCUGGCUGAAUGGUUGUUGCAGCUGGCCGCGACGAGAUUCCCCACACGUGUGCUACCCCACCCGGAGCCGGCGCCGUCUGCACUGCUUCUCACAGCUCUGGGAUCCACUGUCACGGCCCAUGAUUUUCCCCCCUUUUUCUGCAGUUCUGGGACCAAACCCAGGGCCUCCUGCCUGCUGGGCAAGUCCCCCUGGAGCUUCCCCUGCCCAGAGAAAAUGUCUGAUUGAAGCAGAAAUCCAAGGUGCCAGGAGCAGGACGGGUGCAGCCACGCAGACGCCCUGGGCCGUGGUCCUGCCCUGGAGGCCUCCUGGGAACAGGGGGAGGGCACUGUCCAAAUCGAAGCCUGUAGCCUGGGGACACAGGUGCCGCUGCCUGAGCCUUGUCCCCAAGCGCCCUCCCUGGGCUGAGCAUGGGUGUGGGCAUCGGGGAGACAUGGACCUCAGCACAGUCUCCCUGCGCUCCCUGGUGUCUGAGAGGCCGGCCCUGGGCCUUGACUCCCCCCUUUCUCACCCCUGCUGCGUGGGGGAGGGUGAGAGCAACUCCAGGAACAGCUGCAGACACCUGGGCCCCACUGCUCCCUGCUGUGUCCCCUGCAGGGUGCCUGCUGCCCCAUGACCACCCGCAGGUGUCCACCCUCUUCCGUGCAGAGGUCACCAGCACAGCAGGUUCCAGAGGAGGUGCUGCGUCUUGGGCUCUGCUCUGACCUGAGGAAGGGGCUGGGCCAGGCCCCCGGGACCGUGCAGCUGAUGCAGGCAACUGGGUGUUGCUCGUGGCGCUGGCAGGACGGGAGGGAAGCCCACGGCCAGCUCUGCUCCUCCUGGUGCCUGUGGCCUACACUGCUGUCCCCUCCCCGUCUGCCUACUUGGAAGUGGCUGUGCUCUGGGACUCUGCCUGUUGUGGGCCCAGAGAAGCGGGGCGUGUGGCCUCCAUGCCAAGUUCAGCAGCACCAGGACCGCUGUCACCCUCUGCCCCUGCCCUGCCUGAGGUCUGUGGCCACAGCUUCUGGGGCACUGCGGGCCCUUCACCCUUCUUGUCUCUAGGGACCCUCACUUCAUAGAAAUAGGAGAGGGAUUGCGCACAUUCUGUGUGGUCCUGGGGAUUGAACCCAGGGGUGUUCGACACCUGAGCUACCUCCCAGCCCCUUUUAUUUCAUUCUGAGACAAGAUCUCAACAAGUUGUCCAGGUUGGCCUUGGUCUAGUGGUCUUCCUGCCUCAGCCUCCCUAGUAGUUGGAAAGGUUUUAAAUUUUAACAAAGUCCAACCUGUCUAUUGUUGUUAUUUAUCUAUUUAUUCAUUUGUUGCCUGAGUUUUUUGUGUCAUAUCUAAGAAGUUCCUGUCUGGUGCAAGGUCAUGAACACUAAAGAUUUUCUGAUUUCAGACUUACACUUAGGUCUUUGAUUUAUACUAAGUUUUUUUAUAUGGUGUGAUAUAAGAGUCUCGCUUCACUUUUUUGUAUGUGGAUAGUUGAGUUGUCCCAGAACAAUUUGUUGGGAAGACUGUUCUUUCCGAAUUGAGUGGUCUUGGAACACCUUCUGAAAACCAAUUGACCCUAAGUGUAAGGGCUUAUUUUUGGUCUCUUAAUCUGUCUCAUUGAUCUGGAUGUCUGUCCUUACACCUGCACAAGACGAUAUUGACUGCUACAGCCUUGUGGUGAGUUUCGACUCAAGAAAUGUGAGUCCUCCUGCUCAUUCUUCAAGAUUACAUGGUUAAUCAGAUUCCUCUGGAUCCUUUGUAUUUCUAUAUAAAUUUCAGGAUCAGCUCUUCAAUUUCUGCAAAAAAAGGCAUCUGGGAUUUUGACAGGAAUUUAGCUGGAGCUGCAGAUUUACUUGGGGAGUAGUAAGUCUCCAACCCACGGAUGUGGGGUGUCUUUCCACUGAAUUAGGUGUCCCAAUGUCUUUCAACAAUAUUUUCUAGUUUUCAGUGUAUGAAUCUUGCACAUAUUUUAAUUUUAUUCACUUUGAUGCCAUUAUAAAAGGAAUUGCCUUAAUUUCACUUUCUGCUUGUUCAUUGUUAGGGUGCAGAAACACAAUAAAUGUUUGUAUAUUGAUCUUG